AAUUUACCUCCCCUUUAUGACUAAACAGGAAGUGAGAUUUCGCCAUUGUAGAAUGUCUAUAUUCCAACUAUAAAAUCUUAUAAAGGUGUAACCUUCCUAUAGUUUGCUUAAUAAGUGCUGUAUUGUCGAGUUACGUGUUAAAUAAAAGGUUUAUAUAUGUGAUCAUCCAAUUUGGUGCUUCUGUAGUUUUAAAUUUUAUGAAACUGUUUAUGUUUCAAUUGGUGCAUCAUUAAACGUGGUAAAGUGAUCCAAAAUGCCAAUGAGGAGAACAUUAAAAAAUGUUGUUAAGAACUACACUGACGCUCAAGUCAAGGUGCGAGAGGCGACCUCGAAUGAUCCCUGGGGUCCCUCAAGCACUCUCAUGACCGAGAUAGCUGAUCUAACAUAUAAUGUGGUGGCUUUCACAGAAAUUAUGCAAAUGAUAUGGAAAAGAUUGAACGACCAUGGAAAGAACUGGAGACACGUGUACAAGUCUCUUGUGGUUUUAGACUACAUUAUAAAGACCGGUAGUGAAAAAGUCGCUCAACAAUGCAGGGAAAAUAUAUAUGCUGUUCAGACAUUGAAGGAUUUUCAAUACAUGGAGGAUAAUAAAGAUCAGGGGAUGAAUGUGCGCGAAAAGGCAAAACAGCUAGUGUCGUUGCUGAAGGACGAUGAACGAUUGCGCAAUGAACGGGCUAAAGCGUUAAAAGCUAAAGAAAGGUUUGCGCAGAGUUCUCAAGGAGUUGGAAGUCAGCCUUCACGAAGUGCCAGUGCAGGGAGUCCAACUUUCCAGAGCAGUGGUUCAGACUCACCUGUACGAAGACGGCGUCACUCCAAUGAGCUCGAGUCUGUGCGGCCAGCUUCUAUCGGGGAGGAGGAGUUACAGCUGCAGCUUGCACUCGCCAUGAGUCGGGAAGAGCACGAGGAACAGCUGCGGAAACAGAAGUCUGAUGACAUCAAGCUUCAGAUGGCGCUAGAUGAGAGUAGAAAACAACAGGAGAACGAGGAUCGGGCUAGAGGUCAUCAGACACUAGCGGGCAUGGCUGGACAAGCCGCAAAGAGUGACCCCUGGGGAAUGCCUUCUAGUAAAGCUGCUGACCCGUGGGGGACACCGUCCAGCAAGGCCAGUGAACCUUGGGGCACUGCUAUUCCAGCACCACCAGGCUCACAUCACAGAGCCCCACAAUCUGCAGUGGUGAGUGACCCCUGGUCAUCGCCUGGCAACCAGGCCUCUAUUCAGCCCCCUGCUGACCCAUGGUCCUCUCCACCUGCUGCUGCCUCCCCACAACAUAUCGGUGCCUCCAUGUCCCAUGACCCCUGGUCAAGUCCCGCCCCAAGCUCCUGGGGAGGUGCAGGCUCGGCCCAGCCAGUGACUGGGUCCCUAUUUGACUCCUCCUUCAACACUCACUCAUCUAACGGGACAUCCCACGCCACUGGCAACAACAUAGACGAGGCUUUUGACGUCCUGGGAACACGAAUGUCACCUCCAAAGACAUCCAGUGGCGGCGGAACGGGUCAGGGUUUAGACAUAUUUGAUCCAUUUGCAGCCAAGAUUAAGGUAGACCCAUGGGACAUGUCUGCACUGGAGAGUUCCAUGAAUGAGCAACCAAAACGUAACAAAACUCCGCAGGAAUUUUUGGGCGCAAACUCUGGCCUCGUAAACCUUGAUGAGCUAGUGAGACCGGACAAUAAAAGUAAAAAAGCCAACAACCCCUUUGCGUCACCGCAGUCUACAAACCCGUUUGAGCAGGUGGCACCCCAGCGUGUCCCAAUGAGCCAGCUGCAGGCAAACACUUACAAUACAGGCUUUACCCAGCCCUCAGCUGCAGGGCUUCUACCCGCACCCUUGGUCCCUCUCUCCAUGCAACAGACUUCCCAGCCACACGGAUAUAACCCUUUCUUGUGAAACUGGCUGGUUUUAUUAAUCUUCUUUAUCUAUCCCCGUUGCCAUUAGAUCAACUUGAACAUCCGUUUUAUUAAACAUAAUUUGUAAUUGAACUUGCUGACCACAUGGCUUUAUAAAUAGUUUUGUUCAUAAUGAUUAUAUUACCGGUACUAACAUAAUAAUUUAAUGAUUGUGGACACGGUGGCUGUUAUCAAAUUCUCCUUUUGUUGGACAAAAAUAUUUAGUAUAAACAAAGUGAAGCAUGAACAAAAAUGAUAACAUAUAGAGGGAUAGAAAUAAACAUUUUGGUAUUCGAUGCCAACUCGCGUUAUUUCAAUUCUUCUUGUCCCGAGACAUGAGUGUCCAGCUCUGAAUUCUAUUUCUCUAUCUUAAGGCAUAUAUGUAUGAAAGAUCAAAGAAAUUAUUGGUCUUUACCAGUGAAUGUCAGAUUUACUGAGUCCUUCACUUGAAAAUGCAUAGUGUACAAAGUACAGUUUGCAGCUAUAAACACCAUAAAAUAAAAGCCAUCUUCUUUAUUGCAGAUCUAUAUGUUUACAUUCUACAUUCAUUAUUCAAUUAUUUUGUGGUAUCAAAACACUACAUAUUAUUGAUUCCUUGACCAUAACAACUCAAUUUAAGAAAAAUUUAUCUACUAUUCUGUGCUGCAUUAAAGAACAUAGUUUCAAGGCAGUGUUUACUCAAGCAAUGUGUUGUAUACAUUUAGAUAUGUCUUCUGAAGUGUUUCUUUCAGCUGUCAUUUCUUUUGUGCUAAACAUACAGUCAUGUUUAUUAUCACUGUAAAUGCAUUAUUUAAUACACAAACUGUCACAUCAUCCCUUCUCAAGUCAUACCUGUUUCUUCACAUAGUUUUUGAAGCACUUUGACAACUGAUGUAUUCCUUUGUACUUAAGUGGCAGAUCUUCAGGCUAUGGUAGUUGCCAAAGGAUUCAGUUUUAUAAAUAUUGUUGAUUAUUCUCAAUUGUCAAUUGAAGAGUAAAACAAAUUUAAAUUUGCUUUAAAAGCAUUAUGUAUUUGGCAUAAGCAAAGCAAAAAGUAACUUUUUCUACAGGCUGGCUUGAAUCGUAUUAUAACAAAUCUUCAAAAGAUGAAUUUUAUUAUCACUUUAGUCAUUAAUGAAAUUUAAUGGUUUUAAUGUUUUUAUGCCCCAGUAGGGUGGCAUAUAGCAGUUGAACUGUCUGUUAGUCUGUGCGUUGUCCGAAAACUUUAACAUUUGCCGUAACUUUUGCAAUAUUGAAGAUAGCUACUUGAUAUUUGGCAUGCAUGCGUAUCUCAUGGAGCUGCACAUUUUGAGUGGCCAAAGGUCAAGGUCAUCCUUCAAUGUCAAAGGUUAAAAAAAUCCAAGGGAAAGUAACAAGCUUUAAAGGGAGAUAACUUAUAUUUAUCAUUUGGCAGGUACAGAUCAUUUUCACAAGGGAAGUAAUAUUUUUGAAAGGGAUAUAUCCAAAAAAAUAAUCAAAGCGGCUCAGUAGGGGGCAUUGUGUUCCUGACAAACACAUCUCUUGUUAAUAACUAAGAUUUGUAUAAAUGUAUAACAGCCCUAACUCAUUUGAUGCUUGUAUAAUAUUUGUCACUUAUUUAAACAGUUUCAUUUCCUUUUUUGUGUACUUAGUUCUCUUAUUUGUUUGUUUUUUGGCAGUUGUUAACUAAGAUCAAAUUAAUGUCUACUGAAUAAAGCAACAGAUAAAAUAAUAUUUAAAAUAAAGAUAUAUGUGUGUUGAUAAAAAACUUAUGUGAUAGCUCUGUUAUUUUCGUAUUUAUACAUAUGCAUUUUUGUGUAAAAGCAAGUGUGAAGUGACACUUAAAACUUUUAAGUGCCCAUCUGUUGAAUUUUUAUUGAUUUGAAUGACAUUUAUAUAUUUUGGCACAUUUUGUAUUGGCAACAGAUUUGUAAUGUAAAUACCUGGACAUAUUUAUUGACCAUUAUAGUUACUCUUUCCCAAUUAGUCCAGAAGCUUUUAAGCACCUUUUCAAAGAAGGGGACCUUUAGCAGUUGCGCUGCAGUCUGUUUGUGAUUGCAAAGUUUCCUAUCUCAGCCGAAAAAUUUCCAUAUAUUGAUGGAUUAUGAAACUAUUUGAAACCAUGUAAAAUGAGGCUUUUGACACCUGUCUCAUACCUCAAAGGUCAAUGGCACACUAAGUUGGUCAAAUGGCAAUUUGGCAGUAAAACAGCUUCAACAUUCUAUUUGAAUGAAAAUAAUGUAAAACAAAUAUAAACCAUCAUGAGAUGAUGUGUGGCAUUUAACAACUGUCUCCAUACGUAGAUAGUCAAUAUCAGCUUGAAAUUACUGUCUCAGCCAUAACUUUGUCAUUCAUUAAUGGAUUUUAUAACAACUUUGCCCAAAUGCAAUCCAUUUUAAGACAAUGUUUUGAGUGUAACACUUGUUUUUCUACUACAAAGGUCAAGGUCACACUUAAGAGUUACAAUGUCAUAUUGGCUGUAAAACGGGAUGUUCAGACUGUAACGUGUUCAUAGAUAAUGCUAUUUUUUGAAAAAAGUCUUCCCACCUCAGAGGUCUUGGUCAUACUAAAAGACAAGUUUGGUCAUAAAAGUGCGUGUGGGGCAGUAAUAAUUAUUGUCACUUGUCAUGCAACUUAAAACAACUUACCCCAAAUGACCACAUGAGAAGACAUAGUGUCUUAAUACCUAAUGGUUAAAGUCACACAUAAUUGUCAAAAAUGAAAAUUGGCCAUUUACAUAAUCAGAGUUUUAAGACUUAAGUGGAAUUUAGGGGCUAAAGUGCCCUAGCAACACUGGUCUUGUCUUAAUUGUCCCCUACCGGUUUCACCGGAGGGGACUUAUGGUUUGCGCUCUGUCAGUCAGUCAGUCCCACUUUUCUGGAUCCUGUGAUAACUUUAAAAGUUCUUAAUAUUUUUUCAUGAAACUUGAAACAUGGAUGGAUGGCAAUAUGGACAUUAUGCACGUCAUUUCAUUUUGUUCCUACGUCAAAAAUUCUGGUUGCUAUGGCAACAAAUAGACUAGAAUUACUGCUGAAAAUGGUGGUUUUUUGGAUCCUGCGAUAACUUUAAAGUUCUUUAUAUUUUUUCAUGAAACUUGAAACAUGGAUGGAUGGCAAUAUGGACAUGAUGUACGUCAUUUCAUUUUGUUCCUACGUCAAAAAUUCUGGUUGCUAUGGCAACAACAAAAAUUCUGACAGUUUUGGAAUUUCUGACAAUGGUGGAGCCGGUAGGGGACUAUAUUGCUUGGCUUGUUUUAUUUUAUUUUUUUUUUAAUUUUCAAGCAAAAUAUAUUAUUUAAAUAUUAUAAAACAUAAGCAUAAUAAAGUUCUUUAGAUUUUUACUUGGUGAUAAGUAGAUCUGAAAUUUAUGAACAAUAGAUGUUGAUUGUUAAUACAAAUAAUUAAUAAUAAAUAACUUUAAUAUUAUUUUUAUGUACACUUCAUUUAAACAAAAUAUUCUUUAUUUAAAUUUCAGAGGUUGUCCUUAUCAAUAAAAAAUGUAUAGUUCUGCUAUACAUGAAUAAUUUUAUUUAUAACUCUUGACAAAAGGAGCACACUUAAAUUCAUACUUAUAUUUAUACAUGUAUUGUGAUGCUAUUAUUAAAAUUAUUGAUUAUUUUUGUGUAUGAGUCAUUAUUAUCGCUUUGAUUGUUGACAUGUGUGCAUUUUUCUGCUGACUUGUAUAUCAUUUUGAAUAUUUAAAAAAACAAAAACACUGGCAAUAUAUAUAUUUAUUUAUUUAAAGAGCAAAAUAUUUUUCAUGAAAGAAUACAAACACCUUUGAUUACAUUUUGUGUGUGUAAAUAUCCAUAUAGGUAAUGCAAAUAUAGGUGUGAUAUUAAUAAGCAAGGUCUGUUUAAUAUUAUAAUGGAGGAGUUGAACAAUUUUUAGCUUCUUUAAGCCUAAAGCUAAGAAUGUAGUAAGAAUGAAUCAGAGUGCAUAUUAUACAGGGUUUAUAGUCUAAUGGCUUUCAUAAUAGUUAUCAGUGACAGUACCAUUGCAUCACUUUGUCAUAAUUUGCAUACAUAUAUAUAAUGCCCACAGUAAAGUAUGUCCCGUCUCAAUGUCUUGUAAAUUGUUGCUAUUGAACUCUGUUUGUUUUAAAAGAUCUGUCUUCAUGUAUAUGCCGGUAAUUUGGAAAGUAGAUUGUACCUUCAGAUUUGUAUCAAAAGAAUACUUAAAUAAACAUGUAAACUAUGA